UCCCAGCUCUAACACACAUAUUUUCAGGGGUAUUAAAAAUUGAAAAUUUUAUAUAUUUUCAACACGCACGCCCUUUGAAUUCGCUGUCGAAAGUGUGAUUUAGUCGGGAAGAUUUAAGAUGAGCGCACCGAGCAAUAAAAUGUCGGCAACGGAUCAGAUGCGGGCGAUGCUGGACCAGUUAAUGGGCACCACCCGUAACGGGGACGAGCGACAGCUGAAGUUUUCGGAUACACGCGUCUGCAAGUCGUUCCUGCUGGACUGCUGCCCCCACGACAUACUGGCAUCCACACGCAUGGAUCUCGGUGAGUGUCCCAAAGUGCAUGAUCUGGCUUUUCGUGCAGAUUACGAGAGUGCGGCCAAGUCGCGGGACUUCUACUACGACAUCGAGGCCAUGGAGCAUCUGCAGGCGUUCAUUGCGGAUUGCGACCGACGCACAGACUCGGCCAAGCAGCGGCUGAAGGAGACGCAGGAGGAGCUGACCGCCGAGGUGGCCGAGAAGGCCAAUGCCGUCCACGCCCUGGCCGAGGAGAUUGGCAAGAAGCUGGCCAAAGCCGAGGCCCUGGGCGAGGCCGGUGAGGUGGAGGACAGCAUGGAGCUGAUGAAGGAGAUCGACGAGCUGCGCAGCAAGAAGAUCAAGGCCGAGCACGAGUACCGCACUUCGAUGCCCGCCUCCACCUACCAGCAGCAGAAGCUGCGCGUCUGCGAGGUCUGUUCCGCCUACCUUGGCAUCCACGACAACGACAUCCGGCUGGCGGACCACUUUGGUGGUAAGUUGCAUCUGGGCUUCCUCACCAUUCGGGAGAAGCUGAUCGAGCUGGAGAAGACCGCUGCCCCGCGCAAGGUGGAGCUGAAGCGCACGGGUAAGAUACCAGAUCGUGACGAGGAGGGCCGAGGCGGCAGAAAUCGCUACUUUGUAGGUGGCCGUGAGCUGGACCGACGAUCCCGGGUGCAUCGCUCGCGUUCCAGGGAGCGACAGCGUCAACGGGAAUCGGAGCGCGGCGAUCGUGACCGGGAGCGAGGCAACAGCAGCAGCAAUGGGAAGGCCGAAGGCAGCACUGAGCGUUCGUCCAAGGAGGCGCCAGAGGGACCAGAACGUGGAAGCGGCGGCGGUGGUCAGCGCGGUGGACGCGACAACGAUCGCAUCAAUCGCAACAAUGACGGCCGGGAUCAUCGGGACCGAGAGCGCGACGGACGACGGGACAGGGAUCGUCAUAUGCGCAACGACAGAGGACGUUUUGGCGGCGGCGGUGGAGGAGGAGGCGGUGGUGGCGGCGGCGAUCGCAGGGAUGACAGACGUCGCUCUCGAUCCAGAGAUCGAUCGCCGCGUGGUGAGAGGCGAAACUACAAUCAUUUCGCUGGUAAUCACAACAACAAUCAUAGCAGCAACAACAAUCACCACAACAACAACAAUAACAGAAGGCGAUCCUACUCGAGGGAACGCUACCGCCGUUAGGAGAGCCCCUUUUGCGCACGUACGUAGCAAUAAUCCGAAUCAGAAACAGAAAAACAGCCACAACAAUCUGAAACUAAGAGAACACCUAAUGAAACACUCUGAUAUGAAAAAGAAAAAACCUUGAAAUAUUAAAUUAAUAUCUAUAUAUAGCCACUGCUCCAGACAGACACUCCGUUGUAGAGACGAACAUUUGUAUAUUGUUAAUAAUCUCUUAUUUUUGAUCUUAGUCUCCAUCCACUUAAGACCGAAUAAAGCCUAAGCUCUGUUAACCAAA